UCUUCAUGUUCCAGCUGCUCCGUGGCCUGGCUUAUUGCCACGGCAGGAAAAUCCUGCACCGAGACCUCAAACCCCAGAACCUGCUCAUCAACGAGCGAGGGGAGCUCAAGCUGGCUGAUUUUGGACUGGCCAGAGCCAAGUCGGUCCCCACAAAAACCUAUUCCAACGAGGUGGUGACGCUCUGGUACCGGCCCCCCGAUGUCCUGCUGGGAUCCACCGAGUAUUCCACGCCCAUCGACAUGUGGUGAGGCACGGAGCUGC